UAGUGGACACAUCAUGUGGGCAGACCUGGAGGAGACUCAAGGCGUAUUGCCCCUCAUUUGAGUGAGGGCUCCAUCCCAGAAGAUGAAGGGAAUCUGCUGGGGAGACCUGCUCCCAUCUGCACCAUGUUUGAGAGAGACAGAGUAUGAGAGAGAGGGAGAGAGAGAGAAGAUGACAUGCCAGCACCUCUAGCCUCUGCAAACGAACUACAGAUACAUUAGAGGAGGAAGGCAAGGCCGUGCUGAACCUGUCUGCGUCGGGAAGUGUGAUCUCCCUGACCGGUUCCAACCCCGUGCACGAGGCCAGUAUGCGGCACCUCAAGAGGCAUGGAAUCCUCGUGUUCCUGGACGUGCCGCUGGGAGACAUCCUCCGCCGGCUCAGGUCCAUGAAACUGGAUCGGAUAGUGGGCCAGAGCUCUGGGACACCCAUGAAGGACCUGCUUCAGCUGAGAAGGCAGUAUUACAAGAAGUGGUAUGACCCUCCAGUUUUCUGCGAAAGCGGAGCCUCCCCUGAGGAGGUGGCCGACAAAGUGCUGGCUGCCGUGCGAUGGUUCCAGGACACGGGCGCCAAGACCUUCGUCUCCACGUGGCAGCGGCAGGCCCCCGCCAAGUUCUUCAGCGAAGCCGUGGUUGAGGGGCUGGCCCCUGACGGUGGGCUCUUCGUCCCUGAGAAGGAGCUGCCGAAGUUGAGAGCUGGAGAGUGGAGCAGCCUGGUGGGCGCCACCUACGUGGAAAGGGCGCAGGUCCUGCUGGAGUGGUGCAUCCACCCCGCCGACGUCCCCGCCGCCCGCCUCGGGCAGAUGAUCGAAUCGGCCUACGGGGAUGGCUUCGCCUGCGCCAAGGUGGUCCCGGUCAGGCACCUCUCGGGAAACCAGUUCAUCCUGGAGCUGUUCCACGGGCCAACGGGAUCCUUCAAAGACCUGGCUUUACAGCUCAUGCCCCACAUCUUCGCGCACUGCAGCCCACCAGGUUGCAACUACCUGAUCUUCGUGGCCACGUUGGGGGACACGGGCAGUGCCAUCUUGCACGGCUUCAGCCACCUGGCCAGGAGUGACGAGCGGAGAAUAGCCGUGGCCACGUUUUUCCCAGACCACAGAGUCAGUGAUUUUCAAAAGGCACAAAUAGUUGGCAGUCAGGGAGAAAAUGGGUGGGCCAUAGGGGUCGACUCAGACUUUCAUUUUUGCCAGGCAGCCAUUAAAAGGAUUUUUAAAGACUCUGACUUCACCAGCUUUCUGACUGUGGAAUAUGGGACGGUCCUAAACUCAGCUAAUUCCAUCAACUGGGGCCGACUGCUUCCCCAGGUAGUUUAUCAUGCUUCCGCAUACCUCGACCUCGUCAGCCAAGGGUUUGUUUCCUUUGGAAGCCCGGUAGAUGUCUGUAUUCCCACAGGAAACUUUGGUAACAUUUUAGCAGCCGUGUAUGCCAAAAUGAUGAGGAUUCCUUUUCAAAAGUUUAUCUGCGCUUCGAAUCAGAACCAUGUUUUGACUGACUUUAUAAAAACGGGACAUUACGAUCUACGGGACAGGAAGUUAGCACAAACCUUUUCACCAUCAAUAGAUACUCUCAAAUCUUCCAACCUGGAACGCCAUCUAUACUGGAUGGCCAAUAAAGACGGACAACUAAUGGAAACACUGUAUAAUCAGUUAGAAAGUCAGUGUCACUUCCAGAUAGAAAAGAUCCUGGUUGAGAAGCUGCAGCGAGACUUCCUCGCAGACUGGUGCUCUGAGGAAGACUGUCUGGCUACCAUCAAUGCCACCUAAAACACCUCGGGAUAUAUUUUGGAUCCACACACUGCGGUUGCAAAAGUGGUUGCAGACAGAAUGCAAGACAAGACCUGCCCAGUGAUCAUCUCCUCCACAGCCCAUUACUCCACGUUUGUACCUGCCAUCAUGCGGGCUCUAAGGAUUCAAGAAAUCAACCAAACUUUGUCCAGCCAGUUUACUUGCUGGGCUCCUACAAUGCGUUGCCUCCACCACAUGAGGCUUUGUUAGAGAGAACAAAGCAGCAAGAGAAGAUGGACUACCGGGUUUGUGCUGCUGAUGUGGAUGUCCUGAAGAGUGAGGUGGAGAAAAUAAUCCAGAGUCAAUUCAUAAGCAAGUCUUUGGAGUAGGAUAGUUUUUCUGGUGAUGACCAUGUAAUAAUAAAUCUCAAAAACUAAUUUGGAGUACAAAAGCACUUUGAUUUUUUUGUGUAGAUGUCUUUAUAUGUUAACACUGGGAAUUCGGUGUUCUGAUCUUGAGCACUGAUCAUUAUACCUGCAUUGCUCCUUCAUAGGUCCUCCAGAAGUGACAGGGUGAUGUGGCACAGGGACCCUUGUGCAGUCAUGCUUUACGUUGUGUCCAUGAGGGAUAUAUCAGUUCCAACUUCUUCUGAACAGACGAAAAUGUCUGAUGUUCAGUUUAGCAUUUAGAAAUAUUUAGGCACAGUUGUUAAAUACUGCAUCUAAAGCCAUUUACUAUGUAAUGACCAAACACUGAAUUUACUGCUCAAAAUAACUAGCUU